AUGAUUGGAUUUUUUGCAUAAAUUGUUGGUCUCUUUAUUUUUUUAAAUUUGAAUAAUGAUGAUAUGGCUAUGUUUUCUUAAGGAAUAUUACUACUAGCUACAUAUAAUGAUGGAUUAUAAUUAGGGUUAAGGUAGAUGAUUAAUGUUGCCACUCAGAUGAAUUCAUAUAAUAGAAUUUUUGAAAUUAUUGAUAUCCCAACAGAAGCACCUCAUAUUUAAUAGGAAGAUAAAAAAUUUAAUAAAUUCCCUUUAAAUGGGGAUAUAGUAUCUGAAAAUGUUUAUAUGAGAUACAGAGCUAAUUCUGAUUUGAUUCUAAAGGGUAUUUCUUUUAUAAUAUAAAAAGGUGCUGGUAAAAGCUCAAUAUUAUAUGCAAUAUUUAGAAUGUCAGAAAUAGAGGAUGAUGAGGAUUCUUUUAUUCAAUAUCAAGUGUUGAAAUUAAAAAUUUAGGGUUAAGAAAACUAAGAAGUAGCGUUUGAAUAAUAUCAUAAUGUCCAUUCUUAUUUACAGGAACUGUCAAAAGUAAUCUAGAUCCUUUUGAAGAAAACAAUGAUGAAAGUAUUUUGAAAGCAUUAGAAAUUACUGGUCUUUUAUAAAAUAUUAAAUAAUUUCCAAAAGGAAUACUAACUGAUAUUUCAGAUUUCAACUCUGUUUUAUCUAUUGGAUAAAAAUAAUUAAUAUGUUUGACACGUAUACUUUUAUCAAAAAUGAAGAUUUUUGUUUUAGAUAAGCAACAGCUAAUUUAGAAUGAAAAACAGAUGAUUUAAAAAUAACUAAAAGAUUGUACUUUAAUAACCAUAGCUCAUAGAUUGAAUAAAAUAACAGAUUAUGAUAAAAUUAUGGUCAUUUAUGAUGAAAGAGUUAUUGAAUGCGAUAGAAAAUUUAAUCUAUUAGCAAAAUCACCUAAUUCAACUUUUAUUGAUAGAAAUUUAGAAUUUUCAAGGCUUUUUAAGAAUACUGGAAAUUCGAAUGCUUAUGCUAUCUUCGAUAUUGCGAAAAUACAAUUGAGUAUAAUAGAAAAUUGA